CAGGCUUCGUCAUCCCACCCUCACUCAUCCGACGGACGCACAGCUCACCGCGCACCUGCCAAGCAAAGCCACCACUUGAGAACCGGCCGGCCAGCCAACUAACCGGGGCCGAGAAGGAAGGAAAUCUCUCACCCGCCGCCUCCAGGCAGGAUGUGCAACUCCAACGUCAAGUCCGCGGGCGUCGCCCAGAUCGACGGCCGCCCGGUGCUGCAGCCGGCAGGCAACCGCGUGGCGCCGCCGGAGGGGGCGCGCCCGCUCAAGAAGUCCCUGCACAAGUCGCUCUCCAUGCCGGCCUCCUUCGACAACAAUGCCGCCGCCACCUGCGCGGCCGCGCGCCACGCGCCCGAGAGCACCACCCGCGCCGCGCCAGCGGCUUCGCUGCUGCCUCCCGCGACGCCGGCCUCGGUCACCGCGAGGGCGACGAAGGCGGCGGCGGCGGCCGCUUCGGAGAAGAGCAGGGCCAAGGCCAGGAAGCCCGGCGCGGUGCUCCCGGUGGUGACGUUCGCGGCGCUGGAUGCGUUCGAGCCCGCGGGGAGCAUCGCGGCGGCGCAGCGGGAGCACGCCGCGCUGGCGCAGGCGCAGCGCAAGAUGCGGAUCGCGCACUACGGCCGCACCGCGUCCUUCUCCCGUGUCGAGGGGAGGGUAAGCGCCACCGCCACGGCCUCGGCCACCGAGCCGGCCGUCCCCGCCUCCCCCACCGGGCUCGAAGAGAAGCGCUGCAGCUUCAUCACCCCCUACUCAGACCCCCUGUAUGUGGCGUACCACGACGAGGAGUGGGGAGUGCCCGUGCACGACGACGAGUUGCUGUUCGAGAUGCUCACCCUGUCAGGCGUCCAAGUCGGGGCAGACUGGACUUCCAUCCUGAAGAAGAGACACGUCUACAGGGAGGCGUUCUCCGGCUUCAACGUGGACGCCGUGGCCAAUUACACCGAGAAGCAGAUGGCGUCGCUGAGCGCCGACUUCGGCCUGGACCUGGGCACCGUCAGAGGGACCGUCAACAACGCCUGCCGGACCCUCGAGGUGCGGAGGGACUUCGGGUCGCUGGACAAGUACGUGUGGGCGUUCGUGAACAACAAGCCGCUGUCGCCGGGCUACAAGUACAGCCGGAAGAUCCCGGUGAAGACGUCCAAGUCGGAGUCCAUCAGCAAGGACAUGGUCCGCCGGGGCUUCCGCUUCGUCGGCCCCACCGUCAUCCACUCCUUCAUGGAGGCCGUCGGGCUCACCAACGACCACCUCGUCUCCUGCCCGCGCCACCGCGCCUGCUCCGCCGCAGCCGCCGCCGGGCGCGCUAACUGAUUUCUACUUCUGACCACCCCGGCCGCCGCCACGAGGCAGCCAGCCGGCGGCGGCAGGACACGAGGACGACGGGACUUCUCCAAGUAAGGACAAGAUGAGAGAGGGACAGAAAAAACGAUAGCGUCAAGUAGUGAGACUAGUAUACAAAAGAGUGUGCUGGUUUGCAACUGUGCGUGUGUGUGUGUAUGAUGAUGAGUGUGCUUGUGUAGAUUAAUUACCGCCUCCCCCUAAUUAGCCAAUGAAGGAGCUUGCUUGCUUGUUAA